CUGCAUAGCUGAAUGAGACAUUACCAUACACCUCUUAUUCAGCAGGAUUGUCGCCCGUGGCUGUUUGAGCUGAGAGGAGCAAUUUCGUAUGAUUACACUUAUAAUGGCGGCGUCUAUUCCUAUGCAAUCUGUGCGUGUUGUAAAAUCAGCUACUUGUGGGCGGAAGUUGGUCGCCACCUCAAGAUUUGCGCCUGGACAAUGUAUCCUUGAAGAAUUGCCAUAUGUAUAUACUUUGUGCGACAACACACGGGGACUCUACUGUGACUUUUGCCUCAAGAAAAGUUCAACUCUAAAGAAGUGUUCCAGUUGCAAUUAUGUGAGAUACUGCAAUACAUCAUGUCAGAAAAGAGACUGGACAAGAUGCCACAAGCAAGAGUGCAAAAUACUGCAGAAAAUACAUCCCAGCCCUCCAGACUUACACGGAGCUCAGCUUCUGUCUCAUCUCAUCCGGAAGCAAAGAAAGUCUACUCCAUGCACUCAGGAUAAUGAGGAUUGUUUCCCAACCACCGUAGACCAGUUGGAAUCUCAUCUGAGCUAUGCUAAAAAGGAUAAUAUUGAGAGCUUGUUGUUUGUGUUGCAGCAGUUCUUUGAGGAGGAUGUCUUAGCCGAGCCUAGCAGCUUGGUGAAGAUGUAUGGGGUGAUUAACUGCAACAGCUUCUCAAUAUAUAAUAACGAUCUGAUUGCCAUCGCAUCUGGGAUAUAUUUGAGAGCAUCUAUGGUGAACCAUUCCUGUGAUCCUAACUGUACAUGGGUGUUUGAUGGGAGGAAACUUCAACUCAGGACCGUUAAAGAUGUGACAGAAGGAGAAGAGUGUACAAUCAGCUAUAUAGAUAACAUUAACCCAACUAAAGAGAGACAGGCUGAGCUGGAAAAGAGAUAUCACUUCACCUGCAAGUGUGUGAGAUGCGUUGAAGAAAUCAAUUCAUUGGAGCCAGGUGAUGGUUUAAGUAAAGAGCUCCGAGGUCUGAAGAAAUCCUUGGAGCAAAUAGAGGAUUUAGAGGAGUCACAAGAUAUCCUUCGUUGCCAUUUAAGUUUAUUUAGAAAGUGA